UCUGUUGAUCGAGGAAAUUUAUCCACUUCCGGUCUCAUUCGCCCGUUUCCGGUGAAAGCACCGGCACAUGUGGCUUCUUAUGUCUACAUUUCUUCGUGCUUGUAACAGUUCCGAAAAAAAAGUUCAUUUUUCGAAGUGACUGCUUCCUGCGAGACACCGAACAAGCGGCGUAGUUGACGCGUCAUGAGUUUUGCGGAGUACUCGCAGGAGAUCCGCGACGGCGACGUGGCCAUCGUGUACCUGGGCCACGAGUCCAUGAUGCCGGUGAAGGUGCGGCACGGCGCCCAAACGCAGACGCGCUACGGCGCCAUUCGCCACUCGGCCGACCUGAUCGGAAAGCGCUACGGCGCCAAGGUGACCUGCAGCAAAGGGGGCUGGGUCUACGUUUUGCACCCCACGCCCGAGUUGUGGACCGUCACGCUCCCGCACCGCACGCAGAUCCUCUACACCACCGACAUCGCCACCAUCACGCUCAUGCUGGAGCUCAAGCCGGGAUCCGUCGUCUGCGAGUCGGGCACGGGCAGCGGCUCUCUGUCCCACGCCAUUUUGCGCACCAUCGCGCCGACGGGCCACCUGUACACGGUGGAGUUCCACCAACAGCGCGCCCAGAAGGCCCAGGAGGAGUUUGCCGAGCACCGCGUGGACCACCUGGUCACCGUCGCCAACGCCGACGUCUGCAGAGACGGCUUCGGGGUGACGGGCGUGGCCGACGCCGUCUUCCUGGACAUCCCCGCGCCGUGGGAGGCCGUGCGGCACGCCAAGGCCGCCCUCAAAGCGCACGGAGGUCGCGUGUGCUCCUUCUCGCCCUGCAUGGAGCAAGUGCAGAGGACGCGGCAGGCGCUGUUGGCCGACAACUUUGAGGAGCUCAACACCUUGGAGGUGGUGCUGAGGGUUCACGAGGUCCGCAGCGUCUCCAUGCCCAUGCCCGACUUUGGGCCCCAGGCCGAGGCGCCGCCCGCCGCCCCCUUGAGGACCACCACGCCGCCCCGCGAGAUGCCCGCCCACACCGGCUACCUGACCUUCGCCGCCAAACCCCGAGACCGCCGCCUUUGAUCCUUUUUCAACUUUUGCCGAGGACGUGGCUCUUUGCAUCCGGCGACUGUCGCC